CCGAGGCCGAGGCUCCCCCAGAGGAAGAUGGAUUCCGCCGCUGCUUCAGCCAGCCCAGUCCCGGCGGCCGAGGCCGCGCAGCGCCCCCCGCACAUGGCCGCGCUGGUGCUGGCGCGCGGCGGCAGCAAGGGGAUCCCGCUGAAGAACAUCAAGCCCCUGGCCGGGCUCCCGCUCCUCGGCUGGGUGCUGCGGGCGGCUAUCGACUCGGGGGUCUUCCAGAGUGUGUGGGUUUCCACAGACCAUGAUGAAAUUGCGAAAGCGGCAAAGAAAUUUGGUGUAAAAGUCCAUCGCAGAAGCGCUGAAGUAUCUAAAGACUCUUCUACUUCUUUGGAGGCCAUCCAAGAGUUUCUUCGUCGUCAUAAUGAGGUUGAUAUUAUAGGAAAUAUUCAGGCAACGUCUCCCUGUUUACAUCCUGAUGAUCUUAUUAAAGUGGCAAAAAUGAUCCGAGAGGAUGGCUAUGAUUCUGUAUUCUCCGUUGUGAGACGGCAUCUGUUUAGAUGGAGUGAGAUAAAAAAAGUUAACGAAGUGACAGUGCCCCAAAACCUGGAUCCAGCAAAGCGGCCCCGGCGUCAGGAUUGGGGUGGAGAACUGUAUGAAAAUGGGUCAUUUUACUUUGCUAAAAAGGACUUGAUUGAAAAAGACUACUUACAAGGUGGAAAAGUGAUCUACUAUGAAAUGCGUGCUGAAUGCAGCGUGGAUAUAGACAUAGAUAUCGAUUGGCCUAUUGCAGAGCAAAGAGUGCUGAGAUAUGGCUAUUUGGGUAAAGAGAUGAAGCUACUGGUUUGCAGCGUUGAUGGAUAUCUCACCAAUGGUCACAGUUGUUUGUCAGAAGAUCAAAAAGAAUUAAGCUCUGAUGAUGAUGAUAGAGGUGCUGAUGGGAUUUCCUUAUUAAAGAAAAGAGGAGUUGAGGUAUGGCUAAUCUCUGAAAAAGAGCGUUCAAAGACGAUUUCUGCUAUGAAAUUGGAUUGUGAGGUGAAAGUACAAAAACGACGAGAUGUAGAAGACUGGAGAAAUAAAAUGAGUUUAUCCUGGAAAAAAGUGGCUUACUUAGGAUAUGAUGAAUCUGAUGUGGAGUGCUUGAAGGAAGCUGGCAUGAGCGGUGUUCCUGCAGAUGCGUGUGCCGCUGCUCAGAAGGCUGCCAGUUAUAUUUGUAAAAGUAAUGGUGGCCGUGGUGCCAUUCAGGAGUUUGCAGAAUACAUAUUGCUGCUAAUGAAAACAGUGAAGGAAAGAAAACUAAAUGAACUGAAGAACUAAUGAGGAAAAACCCAAUUCCCUCCCCCAGGAUAAAGUCUGCCUUUACUUUGCAUAAUGGCUUGCCUUUGUUGGACAUUUCCACGGAGUUAAAAGGGUAUUGUCAACAAGUUCAGGUCCCUAUAUUGGUUUAAUUUUAAUAAUAUAAUUAUUAAUAUAAAUGCUUUCAGACAUGUAAGUGUAAUGAAAAGGUUUUUGUGUGUGUUCAUGAAACAAAAUUGCAGCAUUGUGUUAUGGCAUGAGAACCACAAAGUAAAACCGGUUAUUCUAUAUUGACUGUCCAAACUGAGUGAAAUGCAAAACAUCAGUGGCUUAAAUGGUGAAAGAGGUGUAAUUUUAAAACUCUAGAUCCUCUUUAUGAACUAGAAUUUUGUUAGUAAGAAAGAGAAGGAAAUCUCUUCUUCAUGACUUUGCUACCUGGGUAUAAAAUGCUGCUAUUCUGAAAGGGCCUGGUCCAACGUCAUUUAAGCAUUAGAGUGAGCUUUUAGUGACUGCACAAGGAGUAAGGCAAUAGAAAAUCAGUCCUGUGGGGUUUUUGUUUUUAACCUGCUACUAGAGUGAGCUUAUUUUAUCUUACAACCAUAUCUCUUCCAGCAUAUGCACAAACUUGUGCUUAUUAGAACUGUGAUUUACAAAAUCAUAACUGCUGCUUUCUCAUACUAUAAGUAGUGCCUAAAAUACUGCAAAAUGAAUUAAUACAGUAAAAACUCUUUGAUCUAGCACUUCACCAACCAGCAAGCUCUCUAAACCGGCAUUUCUGAUCUGCACUGAAAAUCUGGUGUAUAGUGUGGUUGGUGCAGGGCCAGCAGGGGGCUGGGGUGUGGGAGGGGCUGCGGGGCACACUCUUGGAGGGAGUUUGGGUCUGGGAGGGGGAGUGGGGCAGAGGGCUGGGGCGUGGGUGUAAUUGCUGGAAAAACUAUAGUUGGUAUCCAUAUCUCCAUUGGUAUGAAUCGUGGCUUUUUUAUAUCAUGUUAAUUUAUGGAUGAUUUAUAAAUUGGUUUCCUUUUUGGGGGGGCAGGUUUUGUUUUGUUUUUGUUUUUAUUUGCCUUAAAAAUAACUUGGUAAUGUAUUCAUACCUCCAUGGAUUUGUAGAAAUAAGGAGUUCUUCAAGAACAGCACUUAAAAAUGCAAAUCUGUUUCUGAUCUUCUAUUUAUCAGUGGGUCAAAUUUGACCAUAGAUGAUGCUAAAAAAGAAUCCCACUAAUUUUUAAUAGGAGCUGCAUGUAUAUAACUGAAGGCCAUAUAAUAAAAAUUAUUUACAGUUCAGAUAACUGUCAAACAACAUGUUAAAUUAUAGUGGUGUCCGUUUUGGGAGUUCAGUGCCUAUCACCUCCUUUUACUGUUGUCCAGUUAAUAUGGUAUAUCUAAUUAUUUGUUGUUCUUUUAUUAUUUAUUUACUUUGUUAUAACUGUAUAAUGCUUAAAACUGACUCUUCUUUUUUCCAAUUUAUUUGUUGUAGGGUUCCUUGUGAAUUUUUUCCUUAUUGCACUAAUCACUACAAAAUGAUCAUUGAAGUAUUUCUUUGGGGAAAACAUAGAGUUUCGCAUAAGAUGAGUUAUAGGGAUUCUGUCAACAGGUAUAGGAAAAGCUGGACAUAUUUUGGACUAAGCAGCAGUCCCUUUGACAGUGUCCCUUUUAACUCGUGUAGUCUCAAUAGUGGUAAAACUGCAGAAGUUGUACCAUUUACGGCCACGACUCAGUAAGGUACUUAAGAUAGUGCCUCACUUAAAUUAGUCACGUGUUUAAUUACCUUGCUUAGUCAGUGCCUCUGUAGUCAUGUUUGAAUAAAUGUUUAUUGUGGAUGGGUAAUUUAAAGCAGGGUGAAGGUCACAGUACUAAAUUUGCUUCCUUUCUCCUCUACAUUAGAGGCAGCAAACUUAAUGUAUGAAAUGUUUGAAUACUUAAGUAUUAUUUUUUUGUAACUCCAAGUAUACACAAGAAAUCUGGUGUCUCUUUUUGUCUAAUGGGCAGAAAGAAUUGGUAGCUGUUAAAUAAAAUGUUCACACUUCUGCCAGAAUACUUCAUAAUUUUAUUUUUGUUGAAAAUGUCUUAAUAUGAGCAUCUUGUAUACAACAUACAUAGGACAUUUACAGCAGCAAGGGUUAUCAGAGAAGGUACUUCUAGGGGUAAUUUUAAAAAUCCUUAUGACUACUUGGGUGUCUGAUUUAGGCUCUUACUCAGAACAUACUUAAGCACAUGCUUAAAGUUGAUGGCACUGCUCCUAGUACAUAAAGUUAAUCAUGUGUGUAAGUUGGACUUUAGGUGAUCUGGGUUCAAAUGCUUGCUCUGCCACAGGCUUCUUGUGACCUUGGGCAAGUCACUAAACCUGUGUGUUUCUCCAUUCCUCAUCUACAGUUUCCGAUGUAAGGGUGUGUUGUGAGGGCAAAUACAUUAAAGAUUGUGAGACACUUACAGUAAUGGCAGCCAUGGAAGUAUGUUACAUUAAUAAUGUUGAGAUAUUUUGUAUAGCCAUUGAACUUUAAAUUAAAUGAGGAAAAUCACUGAGCAGUUGUUUCUUGUCAUGGAAAUUGUCCAAGGUUUUUAUUGCAAAGUUUCUUUGGGUAGUAGGGUGUAAAGAUGUUUAAAGAAUCUUUGACGAUGUAGACUUCGCAAGUUUCACCAAACAAAUAAAAGAUAAGAAACCUCA